AAACCAAAGUAUGGUUCAAUAAAACGUUAAAGUUGUACGCAUCUGGGAGUUUGGAUAGACAAUUUGGCACAAUUUACAGAGAUGUAUCAUCUCUUGACACUGCUGGUGCUGUUAUCAAGUGCAACUGGCGAUGGGAAUUUUCGUUUUUCAAACACACAAAUUGUAUUGUCAGAAGUGCGCUUUAAUCAAGCAUCAUUUAAAAUAUCCAGGACAGGAGCGAUGACAGAGACUGUACUUCUCAAUUGUCAGAUGAAUGAUUCAGCUGUAGAUGAUGUGGAUAGCCUCUCACAGGUUGUUGAAUUUAAGCCAAACCAGAACUCUGGCUCUUGUGUCUUCACAAUAGAAGAUGAUGCAAUACCUGAGGGGAAUGAAACAUUCUCUGUUGACCUGUCUAUACCUGGAGGAAACGGAAUUACGGCAUCACCGUCAGUGGCAUAUUUAACAAUACUUGCCAAUGACGAUGCGUUUGGUAUCAUUGGAUUCAAUGAGACUGGGCCAAUUGUGGUGGAUGAACUGUCAGCAGAAGAGAAUAGAAAGAACAUCAAACUUAUUAGAAAAGCUGGUCUGAUAAGUUCAGUACAAGUGUCUUGGAGGGUCACAAGUGGACCCAACAGUGGAUCAGAUGAUUUUAUUCACACCAGUGGGGUGGUUGUUUUUGAUGCUAAUCAGGACAUGGCUAACCUUGCUCUCUUAGUGAAACCAGAUAAUGUGCCCGAAAAUGAUGAGACAUUCACACUGACUUUAGAAUCACCAACUGGUGGAGCAGUACUUGAGGCAGGUGCUGAUCAAAUUAGUGUGAGAAUUUCUGCAAACGAUGCUCCUUUAGAAUUUCCAAUUCAACAGGUUACGGUCCCCGAAAAUCAGUCUACAAUUGAGAUUGAAGUUUACAGAGGGGUUGCUGAUGAUGGCAUCACCCGGAUUGGACCUGUGAAUGAGGUUGCGACUGUAGAGUGGUAUCUUGCACCAGGUCUUGCCAAACCAGGGAAGGACUAUAGAGAUGGUAAAAGUACACUAACAUUUCAACCAGGUGAUACCAAAAAGAAGAUAACUGUUCAAUUAAUUGAUGAUAAUGUACCAGAGCAAGCAGAGAAUUUUACUGUCCAUCUAGCAAAUGCAAGUCAAAAUGCUUACAUCAAGCCACCUGGAAUUGCCAUUGUGGUUCUUUUACCAAAUGAUGAUCAACAUGGGGUCAUCUCAUUUGGUGAUCAUCCUGCCAGUUUGGAUGAAGACAGUGCUGCAAGGGGAGGCAUGUUUUAUGUGAAUCGUAGUGCUGGAACGUUUGGAGUGGUGACAGUUUCUUGGAAAAUCCAUGGUGAUGGAGUAAGUUCAGUUUUUGAGAGCACAUCUGGAAUGGUAACAUUCUCUGCAGGAGUGAGUCAGACGUCAUUUCAAGUCUCUGUCCGCUUAGACUCUGUGCCAGAAGAGGCUCAGCAGUUCUAUGUUCAACUCUAUAAUGUCACGGGUGGUGCCAGGCUUGAAAAUUCUCUGUCAGCACAAAGAGCUGAUUUUUUUGUGCAAGACAGUGAUGACGUGUAUGGUGUCUUCCAAUUUGCUGGAGAUAAUGAGCAAAAACUAGAUAUGGAUAGUGAACCUCGUCAUCUACUUCUUAAUAUAACAAGGACUGGGGGACUGGUUGGAGAUGUUGCUGUAAACCUGAGUGUUAGCUAUAUUCUACCAGGAGGCAGCAGUAGUUCAAAUGAGGAACAACAAGAAGUAACACUACUUGCUGGCUCCAGUAGUAUCCCUGUUACAAUGCAGAUUGCCAAUGAUCAAUUCAUUAAGCUUGGUGCCGCAUUUAAAGCUGAGCUGAUGGGAGUGGCCCUAAGAGGAGGAGCUUCUUCUGUAGUGGACUCAGUGAAACCCUCAUCGCCUAGGAUUGGAAACAGAUCUAUCAUCUACCUAAACAUAACAGCGGCAGAUGCCAAUGGAGAAGUUGGAUUUUCCACAGUGCAUCAGAGAGUUUCUGUUCAGGAGGCAGAAGGUCCAUUGUCACGGUUUGUUCAUUUGCUGGUAAAGAGAACUGGAACUGCCGAUAGGGUUGUCGUUUACUGGAAUAUCACAAGCACUAGUGCCACAUUUUUUGCUAAUGAUACUGGUCCUCAGAAUGGAAAUGUCACAUUUGAAGAAGGUCAUGAUGAGGUUAACAUUACUAUUGAAAUCAAACCAGACAGUACUCCAGAAGUAGCUGAAACCUUCACUGUCAACCUCGUCAAUGUGUCAAAUCUUGACAGACUCCAGACAGGAGCACGUAGUGCACAAGUGACAAUUGAAGAGAAUGAUAAUCCAGGGGGGACAUUUGAGUUCAAUAAUACAGCUCCCCUCUCUUUAAAGGAACGUGAUGCUUUUAAUGUUGUCAUAAAGCGAGUGGGAAGCGCAUUGGACACUCGCUGGGUGCAGUUUAGAAUGGUUCCUUCAGGAGUUGAUGAUUUUUUUGGUAGUAAGAAGUUAGUCAAUUUUCUGCCUGGUGAACGAGAAAAAUCUUUUUCAGUGAUUGCAAGAGUUGAUAAUAUUCCUGAGAUUGAUGAGAAGUUUUCGUUGGGUCUAUACAGUGAAGGACCCGAUGGACAGAAAGGUGUUCUGGGAAGCCAGAUAACAAUCAAUGUGACCAUUGAGAAAAAUGAUGAUCCUUAUGGUGUGGUUGGCUUCAAAUCCGCUAAUAUCACUGUUGACGUUUUCUAUCAAACGGUGGAUGGAACUGCGACCUCUACUUCUGGUGAUUACCAACCCAAGACAGCGAAAGUGACGUUCGAUGUUGGAGAGUUCCAAAAGACCAUAUCGAUUAUGGUGUUGAACGACAGCACCCCAGAGGGGGUGGAGACGUUCACAGUCAGUCUUUUAAACUCAACAGGGGACACAGUGCUUUAUAACAAACCUAUUGCCACUGUGACUAUUUUGGCGAGUGACAAGGGGUCUGGCGUUUUCAAGUUUGCUUCCAAUUCACUGAACAAGACAACACAAGAGAAUGCAGCGGUUGAAUUCAAUGUCGAAAGAGAGCUUGCCCAGUUUGGUGAGGUCAGAGUGUACUGGAAAGUAGUUCGCCUAUAUUCCAAUGGAACCACUAUGGAUCUGUCGUCUGGCCAAGAGUUUACUGAUGUCGUUGACUUUGUUACAUUUGUUAAUCGUCAAUCAUCACAGUCUGUUAGACUGACACCACUCCAAGACGGAAUUGCUGAAUUAUCUGAAACUUUUGAGCUUCAGCUCGUCAAUGCAACAGGGAUUCAAACUGGUGAGAACGGUGUUAUAAGCAGUCCAUCGAAAGCAUCCCUGACGGUUACUGCCAACGAUGACCCCAAUGGAUUGAUGAGGUUUGAGAAAAGGUCUGUGGAAAUUCCAGAAGACUAUAACCCUGGAAUGAAAGCUACCACCACAAAAAAUGUGACAGUUUUGAGAGAUCAAGGAUCAUGGGGAAGCAUUCAGGUUGCUUGGGAAAUUCAAACAGCUUCGGCGUCAUUGGCUAGCAUCAACGAUAAUGCUUAUGAUUUGUUUCUACUGGGCUCAAGGAUGUCAGGUGUUGACAGCCGGCCUGAUCUGCGCAGAUUAAAUACAGAGACCUACGUGUAUUGCUUUAAUGGAACUAACAAUGAAUCAUUUGUUGAAUUGUCUGAUUCGACCAGUCCACAAUCAAAGUUUAGUGUAAGAUUCUGGGUGAAUGCUACUAAAGGAAUGUAUGGAUAUGUGCUGGCCAGUCUGGAUGGAAAUGCCGUGAACUUUGCUUUGGUUUUGAAUACGACUGGACCUACUACAAUAGCAGACUUUUUCUAUUUGUCAAACAAGACUGAGGUAAAUCUUGGCAAGGACAUUGCAGACAACAGCUGGCAUUUUGUGGUUUUUACUGUGGAUGUAAAUGUUGUUCAGUUUUAUGUCGAUGGAGAUCCAGUCGGCAAUGCAUAUCCGCUCCCAUCAGGAUCAUUAAGCUCUGCUGCCGUUUACCGAGUAGGAAAAGGACCUACCUCAGAAUCACAGUUUACAGGAUGCAUCCAAGACAUAACAGAGUAUCGAGAAGUGAUAGUGGCAAGGUCGGUCAAAGAAAUGUCCAUUUCUAACAACGAACUCACGCCAAUAAAUGGCUAUUUAACCUUUGAGCCUGGAGUAACACGAAGGACGUUAACGUUAAGCACUAUUGAUGAUGACAAACCAGAAGACGACACGCCUUAUAAUGUGGUGCUGUACAGUCCUCUUGGCGGGGCGCGACUGGACACUAAUGAGUUUUGGAUGGAUCUUAAAGUACUUAAGAGUGACAAUGCCAAUGGUUUGUUCGGUUUCAAGUCAGUCAGUCCAAUAGUAAUCAGUGAGUCUACUAAUGUUACUGUGACUAUUGAACGUCGCAAGGGUCAGUAUGGAGCAGCCACUGUCACUUGGAGUGUAUUCAAGAAUUCAUCAUCUGUAUUAGCUUCAGAUGAUUUCACUAUGGCCAGUGGAAAUGUGAAUUUUAUCGAGAAUGAAAACGAGAAGGUUGUGACCAUUCCCGUAAAUGAUGACGGACUACCAGAAGUAGAUGAAUAUUUCACUCUCAAUUUAACAUCUGUUUCCCCAACCGACGGAAGCACUCCAACGAGUGCUGCAAGUCUUAGACCUGGGUUUACACAAGUUGAUAUCACUAUCCAAAAGAGUGACUACCCAAAUGGAUUACUGCAGUUCAUGCAUGCUGUUCCACUUGCAAAUGGGACUAUUCCGCCAUCAUCUUCCCAAUUUAAUGUCGACACUCGGGAAAGUGUUGGGACACUUACACUUCACGUGAUCAGAGCUCAAGGAACAUUGGGAAGUGUUAAAUGUCAGUGGAAGACUAUUGCAGACACAGCAAAAACUCCAGACGAUUAUAUUGAUACCACAGGCGCUGUUGAGUUUGCUCCUGGCGCUCGAAAUAACACAAUUGACAUCCGCAUUGUGGAUAACAAUAUCUCAGAGCUUCAAAAGACAUUUAGAGUGGAGCUCUUCAAUGCUGAAGGAGGAGCUGAAUUAAAUCCAUCCGCCAAGAUUGCAUUCGUGACAAUACUUCCAAGUGAUGACGCGUUCGGCAUCAUCAGCUUUUCUCCAGACUCCCUCAACCACUCUGUCCGUGAGGGCAGCGGGAGCAGUGUAAGCCUAACAGUUCAGAGGACACGUGGUGUAUUAGGCCCAUCAACUGUCUUCUGGGAGGUUUCAGGAGAUGGUGCCGUUGAUGUAGAAAACACAAACGGUUUUGUUGUGCUCGCUGAGAACACCAAUAGCACACAAAUUACCAUUAGGAUCAAAGACGAUGUUUAUCCUGAGCUUGCAGAGAGCUUCCUUGUCCAUCUGAGAAACGUGUCUGCAGGCCGCCUUGCGGAUCAUGGAACACAGUCGAACGUCACUAUACUUGCCAGCGACGAUCCUUACGGUGUGUUUGUCUUCUCUCCUUCACAACUGACGAUCAGUGAAUCCAACACAACCGUGAACUUAACGAUACAGAGGUUGUCAGGGGUACAGGGAGUGGUCAGGGUAAACUACAGCAGCACCAUUGGAAAUGGCAUACCUAAUGUUAGAAUUGCUGUGGAAAAUGAGGAUUAUGUGCCCAUCAUGGGGUCUGUUAUGUUCAGUGAAGGGCAGAAGUAUGCAAAUGUCAGUUUAAUGGUGCUGGAUGAUAAUGUCCCUGAAGAUGCAGAGACAGUCAUGGUGAAUUUAACAGAGGUGCAGCUGGUUGGCGGCCAUCCGGUGUUUCCUGCACCAAACAGUUCUCCACGAAUAGGUGCCUCACGGGUUGCACAUGUUAUCAUUGAAAAGAACGACAAUGCCAAUGGAAUUGUUCAACUCUCAUCAAGUACUGUCAGUGUUCCUGAACCGUACACGGGAUCAGUUGUGAAUAUCACCAGAACUGCUGGGGCUUUUGGCACAAUUUAUGUGUCCUUUGAAGUUGCUGCAUUGUCUGCUAAUGGCUCAGAUUACAGAAUUGAUACUAGGAACAUCACUUUGGUAGAAAGCCAGAAAGAGGUUGGGGUCCCUGUGUUUAUCAUUCACGAUCUUACCCCAGAAUUUAACGAGGUGUUCCAAAUCAAGCUAACUGGUGUUGCUGGUGGGGCUGUGCUGGGCACGCCUGUGGAGUGUACAGUUACUAUACUGGAAAAUGACUAUCCUUAUGGAUUGAUAGGCUUUGAGAAUUCGUCAUUAUCAGUGUCAGUGAAAGAAAGAGACACUCCCAACCCAGUAACGCUUCAGGUAAUACGAACAUUUGGUCUCCGCGGAGGUUCUCGAGUUCACUGGAAGGCGCUUUUGAAUGGAGUGUUGGCAAUAGAUGACGUUGGGCCUGUUGAGGGAGACCUUGUAUUUGCCGAUGGAGAAAACAGGAAGGAAAUAACUUUCAAUAUUAAAUCGGAUGCCAUUCCUGAAAUAUCAGAGGUUAUUGAUGUCAACUUGACGUCAGUGGAUUUUUUGUCUGAGGGGACCCCCUCACUGGACGAAGCUACUCGCGUUGCCAAAGUUCACAUAGAGCCUAAUGAUGCUCCCCACGGGGUGGUAGAGUUUGCUAAAUCUUCGCAUAAUGCUUCAGAGGGUAGCAGUGCGUUCCUGUUGGUCUUGAGACAAUUUGGUACUAGCGGUGACAUCCGAGUUUUCUACAGUACCGUAGAACACGUCGGAGGCACUCAAGCCAGGCCAAAUGUUGACUACAUUGCCGUCACAAACAGUUCUAUCGUAAUCCCCAGUGGAAAUGACUCGGCAAAUAUCAACAUCACAAUCCCUGAUGACAUCCAACCCGAGCUAGGAGAAAUUUUUGACGUGGUGUUAGAGCACGUGGAAUUAGUUGGGCAACCGUCCCCAGUCCUUCCACCCCAACUGGGCGGAAUCAAGAGAGUUGCAGUAACAAUCGUGAUGAGUGACGACGCUCAUGGUUUAAUAGUCAUUAAAGCUCCCACUUCAGACCAGGGAACUGAAGGUAGCCGCUUGACAGUGAACGAAACUGAAAACUUACCGAUUCGUUUGGUGAUUGAAAGGCUCAAAGGCACCAUCGGCCAGGUUACUGUCAAAGUUGAAGUGCAGCAGAAUGAUGCGACGGCCGGCAGUGAUUUUAUAGCAAAUCAACCCAUAUUUACUUUUGCUGACAAAGAUAACACCAGCCAGAACUAUCUGUUGACCAUCAAAGAUGAUGAUAUUCCGGAGACUGACGAAGAAUUUGUUAUCAAGCUUGUGAAUCCCACUGGAGGUGCCAGAGUGGCUCCUGGCCUGGGGAACAAUGUGACUAUCAUUAUACAAGCAAACGAUGGUGUUGCAGGACAAGUGGGAUUCGAUGAACAUUCUAGAUCGGUUGUGGCCAUGGAAGGAAGGCGAGUGUCCUUGUUGGUAAACAGGACUCGACCAAAUGGACGUGUAUCAGUGGAUUGGCUCAUUACUGGGGCAAACGCUUCAUCCGAUUUUACAGAUGUCAGUGGCACUGUCGUGUUCAGCGAGGGUGAAAAGCAGAAAACAAUAGACCUAACAGUCCGCAAUGACAGCACCCCAGAAACAAACGAGGUGUUUGUGGUUCAGCUCAGCAAUAUUCAGACCUUUGGUAUCGCUUCCACCGGCAAAGCCAGUCUUAUUCCUGGGAAAACAACUGCAACAAUUAGCAUAAGUGCUAGUAACAGACCCCAUGGCGUUAUCGAACUUGAAGCGGGUUCACGGUUUGUAUCUCGAUCGGACGAACGGAACUUCACAUUGACAAUAUCCAGGCUGUUCGGGGAUAUUGGUGAUGUAAGAGUUUAUUAUGAAGAAGUGCAGGGAAACAUCACAGUACUACAGUCGGACCAGCGUUUAGCGUUAUCCGGAGAGGACUUUGUUUCUGGGAGAAGAAGUAUUGUUAUCGGCGACGGUGAAGAUGUUGGCUCCAUUCCUGUAUGGGUCAAGGAUGAUGAGAUCCCAGAGCUUGGCGAAGUGUUUUUGGUAAACAUCACAGAAGUUGAGUUGGUGAACCCGUCGCUGUGGAACAACACCAUUCCACCAAGUCUGGGACAUCAUCAUGUUUCUGAGAUCAGUCUAUUACCUAACGAUGAUCCGCAUGGCGUGUUUAGAUUUCCCAACGAAAGAGUUUACGUCACAGAGUCACGCAACCCCUACAGCCUCACUGUGCUGCGUGACAAAGGGACUUUUGGUGAAGUUCAAGUGAACUAUUUUGUGCAAACGAUAUCCGCUAGUUUGAAUGACUUCAAUAUAACAGGUUGGAGUGGCCCGGAGGUCACCUUAGUUUUUCCCAAUGGAGUUAGUGAACAGAACAUCACAAUUUACGUGGCUGAUGAUACUAAAUCUGAAGGGGAAGAAACUCUUAAAAUAGGCCUGACUCGAAACACAGGCGACACAAAAAUUGGAAAUCCUUCUAUACUUGAUGUUGUUAUUAUAGCAAAUGAUGAUGCGUAUGGAUUGUUUAGCCUCGCGUCGUCGUCGCUUACGAUCUCUGAACCUGGCACAGGGCCUGUUACCGAAGCUGAAUUUGAAAUUGAUCGUAGUGGCAACACCUUCGGAACUGUGAUUGUUUCUUGGGAAAUCCUCAAUGUGUCUGCAUCAUCAGAUUUGUCUGCAGUGAGAGGAAAUGUCACCUUUAAUGCUGGAGAUACGCGUAAAACGUUUAAAGUCAAGGCGUUGCUUGAUUCUGUACCAGAAAAGGAGGAAACUUUUGUUGUGAAGCUGACUCUGCCGGGAAAUGGAAGGCUGGUGCAUCCAUCUGAAGCGCUGCUCACCAUUACAGAGAAUGACUCACCCUAUGGAGAACUUGAGAUAGUGUCUGGUGCUUCGAUGAGCAGUAGCGUCGACAUAGAAGAAGAUCAAAAUAUAGUGAAGGCGAAGAUCAUCCGCAGCAAGGGUGACUUCGGUAGAAUUACCUUAGACUACAUGACAGUGUCACACUCGGCUAGUUCAUUACCUGGGGAUGUGAUCCACUUCGAAAAAGUACAGCAGUUAAAGACCGUCGGUGCAUACAGUUGGCACGUAUUUUCCGCCUUUGGCGACGUGUAUGCUUUGCUUGCCAGUAUCAACAGAACUGGAUCCUUACCACCUGCGGUUGAUAAUAUCGGUAUGGGCGAAUACUUUGGUUCGGCUUUGUUCCGUUGGCAAGGCGUUCUUGUUCCUGUGCUGAGCAUUGCUACUGAUGGUGCUGUGGCCUGGGACUCUCUGUUGGUUGGAGACAAAGUUUACCUAGCAGUCGCCAAUCACGGGAGCAAGGGACGGUACGAGACUCACUCUAGAAUUUACUCCAUGGACAGCACUGCAAAGCUGACUAUUAUCCAGGACAUCUCUACUCAGGGAGCAUCAGACGUGAAGUUCUUCCGUCCACCGGGUGGAACAGACAUCUAUCUGAUCGUUGCAAACCAGAUGAAUAACGCUGGACAGUCUCGUAUUAGCUCACAGGUAUAUAAAUGGCAAAAUGGAUCGUUUGUUCUUCAUGAGGCCAACCUCGACAACACCCGCAGUGCUUCUGGCCUGGCGGUGUUUGAAAUUGAUGGAACUCUUAAAGUCGCCAUAGCUUUCUUCAACGACACCUCAAAAUCCCAAAGUUUCCAAACUAGAUCUCCCAUUUAUGAAUGGAACACGAACUCAAACUCGGCUGUCUUGCUGCAAGAAAUCGACACCAACGGUCCCGUUGGAGUUGAGUAUUUUGAACACAAAGGACAGCAUUACUUGGUGUUUGCUAAUUCCAGAGCGUCCGUCGACGUGUACCGCUGGAAUGGUAACAGGUUCAUAAGCGAGCAGGCGCUUCCCGCGUCAGGUGUUCAGUCGGCCAAACCCUACUUAAUGCAAGGAAAUGCCUAUCUUGUCACAGUUGAGACUGGUGAGGUGUUGAACGUCUACCUGUGGAAUGAUUCGUCCAAGUUCACUUUUCAGAUGAACACUACCCUUGCGCAUGCUCAGAGUGCCACCCCUAUGGUCAUGAAUGAUCCAGUGGCUGGAGAUAUACCUAUGUACGCUGUGGCAGUGUCUGGGAAUGGAUUGUCUCCUCUUCUCCACCCUGAAAGAUUAUCUCCACAAGCUGACUUCAUUCCAAGACAAGGACAGCUUAUUUUUGAAAAUGGACAAAGACAACUGGAGCUCGAUUUCACUAUUCUACCUGAUGCCACCCCUGAGAGGGACGAAGCCUUCACCGUCCGCAUUUACAAUGCGUCGGGAAAAGCGAUUGUCAACAGUCAGAAGCAAGAUUUAACCAUCAACAUUUUAUCCAAUGACGGUGCAUUUGGGCGAAUAGGCUUUGCUGCCGACUCGCUCAAUAAAGUUCAACCAGAAACAGGUUAUGAUUCCGUGGUUACUUUUGAAGUGAUCAGAGAGUAUGGAAGCCUUGGGCGUGUUGUGGCACAGUGGAAUGUUUCCGGGAAUUUCAGUGACGGAGAUCUGAGUCCUUUGUCUGGAGAGCUUGUGUUUGAAGAUGGCCAAGCCAGUCAAAAUAUAUCAAUAACUGUCCACAAGGACGCGGUACCAGAGCUUUUGGAAGUUGCUUAUGUCAGACUCCUCCGCCUCACAGAAACAGGGUCAUUAGAUGCAAACCGUGGUGCAGUUCUGAACUCUGCUCGAGUAGUCGCCAUGUUGGUCAUCCCUGCUAAUGAUGACCCAUACGGUGUGAUCGGGUGGAAAAACGCUCUUCUCAUUUCUCAAGAAGACGGUCCCAAGAACAUUACCUUAUCUGUCGACAUCAUGCGAUGGUUUGGCGAUAUAGGAGAUAUUUUGGUGUCGUACGAAACUGUUCAGCUUCCCAGUGUGGAAUAUAGUGACGAUCGAGUGGCUUUAGCUGGUGUUGAUUUCAAAGCAAUGAGCCAUACUGUGGAAAUUCCAGCUGGACGAAACUCCACGCAAAUAACUCUGGAUAUAGCGCAUUACAACGACACAAUGUUAAACAGCAUCUUCCAUGUGAACAUUACCGCUGUAACACUGAAGCAAAGUGUUUUGGUUAUGAAUUCUCCUCGUAUUGAUCUGAACUCUCGUUUACUGGAAGUCGUGAUUGCCCAACCCAACCGAACAGUAGGGGAACUCAACUUUGACCUCAGUGCUCUGCUUGACCCUGCUACAAAGGCCAUCCAGUUAGAAGAGGGAGUGGAGAUGUUAAACAUCACAGUACAGAGAACAGGAAGUUCUUCAGGGAUUGUAGGCUUCCGUUUCAUCGCUCGUCCUUUCAGCUCAAGCUUAUACACUGCUGCCGAUAGUGCGGAUUUCUCUCCAAGCGAGGGAACUGUCAUGCUUGCUUCAGGAGAAACACGUGCCAUUUUAAGAAUAAAUAUCACCGAUGAUAAUGUUCCUGAGAUUGAAGAGGGUUUCUUCGUUCAGAUUAGUCGUCCAAAAGGAGGUGUCCUGAUUGGUGGAGUCAGCAAGGUGGAUGUCAUUAUCAAGCCCAACGAUGAUCCAUAUGGACUUUUUGGCUUCACAAAAGCAACAUCCGAAAACAUCAACAUUGUACAGGAAGGAUCCACUUUGCAGCUUGCAGUUAACAGGGAAGCUGGUGCUUUUGGAGACGUGCAGGUCACCUGGAGACUCACGCCUAACGCCGGAAUUGUCAAUGCGAGCACGCAGAUCUCUCCAAUGAAUGGCUCACUUACUUUUAAACAGGGAGUCACAUCUCAGUUCAUCACGCUCCGUGCACGUGAUGAUAUGAUAGCAGAGGUGGGUCAGACGUUCACUUGUGAAUUAGUCAGCGUCGAUAAUGGCGGUAAACUGGACUCAACUCUGAGUCAAGCCAGAGUUCAUAUCCCAGCGAACGACGAAGUGGAAGGAAUUGUGUCGAUUGACUCGUCAACAAGAUUUGUAAUAGCAGGAGAACCAAUGCUGGGUCAUGAUGGAGUGUUUGUAGUACGGUUGCUCCGUCGAAUUGGUCAGUCUGGCAAAGCUCAGGUCACGUGGUCGAUCACUGCUAAUUCGCCUGGUGACGCUCCUAGUCCUGCUAGUACUUUUAACGUGACGUCCGGUACUGUUGAAAUGCCAGAUGGCGUGACAAUGGUCAUGCUUCCUAUCAUGGUAAAGGACGAUUCCACGCCAGAAGAGCUAGCCGUGUAUAAUUUUGCCCUGACUGGCUCUGCACAGACAAGCCUCGAUCCUUCGCAGAGUGCGCGCAGGGCACAGAUUACUGUGGUUGCUAGCGACGAUCCAUAUGGAAUCAUCGAGUUUCAGUCGGCUUCAAUGCGAAAUGUCAGCGAAGAUGUUGGCUUUGUCAAUCUUACUGUCGUAAGAAAUGGCGGUAGCAUUGGCGAGUUGUCAGUGAACUAUAGCGUCUCGUCGACCACUGCCACCAAAGGAAGUGAUUAUGACUCGUUUGGAAAUGUGCUCAAGUUCGCUGAUAAAGAAGACCAAAAGACUAUUCACGUUCACAUCAAGAAGGACAAUAAACCUGAACUCGCCGAAACUGUAACAGUUGAGCUGCUUAGUGUAAAACUUGUUUCUGGAUCGCCCAAGAAUUACAGCUCUGUCGAUGGAUUGCCUUUAAACACAGCACCGAGGAUCAGCCCAGCUAAAGACAAGGUCAUGAUUGUUAUUGCUGAGAAUGACGACGCUCGUGGAAAAAUACGCUUCACACAGAGUUCUCAACUGGUGCGGGAAAAGAGUGGAACUGCGGUAUUGGAAGUCGUUAGAGAAGGUGGUAGCCUCGGAGCUGUAGAAGUCUCAUUUUCAAUCAGGAACGGAACUGCCUUCCUCGGUGAGGAUUUCAAGGAAGAAGGAGGCAUUGCUCGACUCUCUGACGGGCAAACAUCGGCAUUCAUAAACGUAACAAUCAUCGACGAUGCUGUCCCAGAGCAGCGCGACUACUUCACUGUCACGCUAGACUCCGUGACGAAUGGCGCCAAGUUAGAAUCGCCGACGACUGUGACUGUUACCAUAGAAACUAGUGACGACCCUGGCGGACUGUUCGGCUUUGUAAAUAGUUCUGAGCUUUCACUUGUUAAUCCGAGCAAGUCCAAAGAUCUGAAUUUUGUUAUUCAGCGAGAAGGUGGAGCCGAGGGAGAGGUGGAGGUGAGCUGGAAGGUGAUUAGAAUCCACCCCGCGUGCGUUUCUUGUUCAGUACGCGACGACUUUGAAGGGCCUACCGAUGGAUCCAGCGUGUUUCCUGACAAUGCUGUAGGAGCUGUGCGGACUGUCAAACUUCGUGUGAGACCUUACUUGGGUUUUGACGAACCUGAGGAGCGGUUCAUUUUAUCAAUCUACAAAGUGUCUGGUAAUGGAACAAUUGACGGCUUGACAUCAAACAUCACCAUUAUCAUUGCCAAACAUGGUUUCCCGAAUGGAGUGUUCGCAUUUCAGAGCACUGCUACUCGGACUUUCGAUGAGCCAACGAGUGGAGUUGAAACUCAUCAAUUUACAGUCGAGAGAACGAACGGCACUCAAGGAACAGUUAAUGUCUUGUGGCAGGUAACCAGUCCAAUAGGUUCUCCGCGGUCACGUGACUUAUCAAGCACUUCUGGUACAGUGACCUUCAAUUCUGGGGUUUUCUUGAAGAACAUUUUUGUUGAAAUCAAAGCAGAUGACGUUCCUGAGCUGGAAGCUGUUUAUACACUAUCGAUACUGUCUGUAGAUGGAGGCGCAGAUCUUAGCUCGUCAGCCAGCAAUGUCACAUUCAAGAUAAGGCCAAACGAUGAUCCUCAUGGAAUUUUCAAGCUUCAACCAGGUGCGCAAAAGAUUCAAGUCUCCGGAAACAGUCGGGAGUUGCAGUUUUCUGUGAUGCGCGAGAAGGGGACGUUUGGUGCUGUUGAUGUACAAUACGAGGUGCGGCACUCUGAUGGCUACCCUUCGGACGUACAAGGAAGUGUGACGGUUCCCGAUAAGCAGAGCCAGGGUUCGGCAAGUGUUGCCUUGACAACCUUCUUGGCGCUGGGUUCCGCGUUUACUAUUACACUGACUGGAGUUCGGUACAAUGAUAAUCAGGUUCCAGCCACUUCAAUCACCCCUAAGCUAUCAAGCAGCUUGCCAAGUGACAUUAAUGAGACAGUUGUGGUGCCAGAAAAUGCAGCCAAUGCUGUGUUCAAGUUUGCUGACGAAUCUUUGAGACUGACUGUGGAUGCAGGUAACAGUGUACCGUCGAUCAAAGUGGUACGCACCGGUUUGUUUGGAAGUGCUGCAGUCAAUGUCAGUUCUGGAUUUCCGUUUAAAGCCUUUGAUGGUUUUGUGGCGGGAAAAGUGCUUCCAACCAGCCAAUUAUUGUCAUUCACUGGAUCGAAAAAGGAGGAUUCGUUCUCCGUUCAGGUUUAUCCAGUGAUUGUCCCUGAUAAAAAGCUAAUUUAUUCCGUGUUCUUGGCCUUUGCGAAAACGCCAAGUGCUGUCCCAGGGGGCGCAACGGUCAUGGUUGGAGCCAGUCAGACAGCUUUCAUUGAGUACAGCGGAGUCGUCGAAGUUGCUCCUGAGUCACAACAUCUAGCAGCCACUGAAGGUGGAAAGGUAACAUGCAGAGUUGUCCGUCAAUUUAGUGUGUUGGGCGCGAUUAAGGUGGAUUACACCUUCCAAGGUUCCUCGGGUAGUGUCAACAUGGCAAAUGGCGAGUACAGUAAAGAAUUUGAAGUCACCGUGGACGAUGGAAAUUCUGAUCCGCAGAAAGAUCGCACACUCUUUCUGAACUUAACUUCAGUGACUGGAAGCGGUUCACCGCGUCUGGGUGUGAACAGGACUGUGCGUAUAACAGUCAAAGACAAUGACGACCCUCAGGGAAUCUUCAGUUUCAGCAAUACUCGUAUAACAGUCCCAGAAAACGCGACCGGUGGUAAAUCUCGCAUGGUGGAGCUGGAAGUGCGUCGAACUAAGGGGACGUUUGGCGCUGUGUCUGUUCUUGUAAGGACUGUCGGGGGUGGGGAAGGUUGGAGCCCCACUUUGCAGUCGUUGAAAGAAGCCAUUGCCGCGAAAAAGGGAGAGAAGAACGCCACGGCUGGGCCGGAUUACGUGCCGCUCUCAACACGAGUAAACUUUCCCGAUCAAGACCCAAUACCAGCUAACGGACAAGUAAGAAAGGUACAACUGGAGUUAAAAGAUGAUGAACUGCCUGAACCGGAGGAACAGAUUUUGGUUUACUUGACAGAUGCUAGCGGUGGAGCUAGAGUUGCUACUGAUUCCGACAGCGGGCUACAGUCUUGGGCCACAAUCACUAUCGAAGGCAAUGAUCUGAUGAACGGAGUGAUAGGAUUCGUGCCUGGAUCUCAGUCAGUAACUGUAGAUGAGGAUGGACCGAGGAGAUCAGCUACACUCAAAGUUCAAAGAUCGAAAGCCACGUUCGGUGAAGUUCAGGUUUCGUGGAGUGUUCGUGAAAGUGAGUUUCGUGACCAGGUCGAAGCGUCUGAAGGAAGAGUUAGAUUUGCCAGUGGUGUGCAGCAGCAAGAUCUUGUCAUCACUAUGAAAAAUGAUGCUAUACCAGAGCGGGCCUCCAGCUUUCAUGUGGAUUUAAAUGAUAUUGUGAGUGGCAGCCAAGCGCGAAUUAAUCCUCAGUUCCGUUCUGCGGUAAUCAAUGUUCUGGAGAGUGACUACCCCAAUGGAACGGUCGCCUUCCACAAGGACACUGUCUACACAACUGUCGACAAGACUGCUACCGAAAUCUCUCUUCAGGUCAUCCGGAACCAUGGGAAAGACAAUGACGUCACUGUUUACUUUAAAACACGCGAUCUCCCUGAUAGAUUCACUUCAAAGCCAGGCCUGGAGACCUCCCAAGCAUUCGCUGGACAAGAUUACGUGAAGCCUACUGCCACUUCCAUAAGAUUCACAAAAGGAGAAACGUCGCGGCUGAUAACAAUUGCUUUAACUCCAAGAGAGGCUUCCCCCACCAAGUACCCAAAAGCCUUCGAGGUCGUGUUGCUCAACGCUACUGGAGGAGCAAAGAUCUUGAAUGACAGUAUAUCCUUCGUGACGAUUUCAGACGACAAAGAGACAACGAUGUUCCUAAAAUUGCGAGCCUUAGCCAUUCAAACUCCACUUUCUGAUGAAAAGAUUGACGAGAUCCUCACGGAACUGAAAUCGAACAUACAGACAACGCUGGAUGAAGACAGACUGACUCUAACAAUGGACACAAUUAACAUCAUCUUAGGCGACAAGAAGAGCCAGGGUACAGCGUUGAGAGACUCGUCCAAACAGCUUCUUUUAGACAUCUUUGACGAAUUAUUGAAACCCAGUCGAGAUGACACGAGGGGUCAAGACAAACUCUCCACAGUUUUUGAAACGUUUGCAUUUUCCCUGAUGUAUGGUUUGCCCUGCCCAGACGAGAAUGGUGCAUCCCUUCAGGGUCAACGCGCUACAGUGAAAGGCUUUAGACGAUCGCCUUCUCAACUGGACGGGCUAAAAAUCGCCGCCGGGAAAGGGGAAGAUUACUUCCAGUAUCCGUCACGUAUGUUUUCCUCUUCAUCUUCUUCAUCAAGCGAGUGUAACGAUGUUCACUUUAUCGAUUACCAAACUGCUCACUGGUUCAGCAAACCUAACAGACCUCCAGUCAUCAACGAAAAAGUGCUCUCCACUUCACUGAAUGAGACGCCAGCUAUUAGCAGUCAAAAUCCAGUUACAUAUCGCAUCUACACAGACAAAAAGAGAGUCACUCCCAAAGGAGCCGAUUGCGUUUUUUGGGAUCACUCCAAGUCAGCUUGGUCUACAGAAGGCUGCACUAAAAAGAGCGACAAAGCUGAGUACGUAGAGUGCCAGUGUGAUCACUUGUCGAUCUUUGCAGCUCAAGGAGAGAGCGACAACAGAACUGGAUAUAAGAUUUACUUUUUCAUCGUCUGCUUUGUCUGUAUGGGAGCGUUUUUCGCCGCCUUGGUUAUCCACCACGCAUGCUCUGUCGAGAACAUGUUUGCUGCCAAGCUAUUGAUUCAUUUGUUUUUCGCUUGUAUGAUGGCUCAGUUGAUGUAUGUUCUGGGUGCGUAUCUCAGCCCAGAAUUAGUGGAGGAACCUACUCGCUGUUCAGUUUUGGCCUUGUUUAUUCAUUACUUCUUCCUUUGCCAGUUUUCUUGGAUGUUCAUUGAGGGAUGGAAUCUAUGGCGUGUCUUCGUUUUGAAUGACGAGCACACCGACAGGAAACUGGUCAUGUUCUUGAGUGUUGGAUGGGGGAUGCCUGUUGUGGUCAUUGUGAUAUAUAUCCUUGUCACUCAACUUGCCCUCAAUUGGGAGUUUACUGAAGCAUAUGCUGAUGUUCAUAGUAAUGGAGACAUGUGUUUUAUACCAAACACAUACGCUGCUCUUGCCAGUGUUGUUGGCCCAAUCCUCCUGCUGCUGAUGGGCGUGGCCUUGAUCUUCACACAGGCAUACCUGGUCACUCCACAAUGGAAACACUACGAUGACAUUUUCCGUGGGCACUACAACAUAAAAGAAAUACGCUAUGUUAUUGGACUCUUUUUUCUGAUUACAUUGGUGUGGUUGUUUGCUGGAUUUCACUUAGCCUUUGGAUACGAUUGGCUGCUUAUUUUGUUUGUGAUCUCUGACGGAAUACUGGCAUUAUACAUUUUCAUCUGGUAUUGCUUGAUGAGGAAUCAGUUACGCGGUGUAUUCAAGCGGUCGUUUGCAUUCCCAUCCAUGUCUCCACCAAUAGAAUUACGUGACGACCUGUUUAGAGACAGCCCAAGUCCUCAACACUCCAUAGCCAGCCUCAAAAGAAUGAGGAAUUCUCCGGACGAGCCGGUUUAUUUGACGAGAAUUGAAAGACGAAGCGGAUCCGUUGUUGGAUAUCCGAUUGCAAGAGUUGUUGCUGACUGGGACGACCUAGAUUAUGGAGCCACUCCAAAAGGAAGUCGCAAAAUGUUCGUCAACCUGGACGACACCGAUAGCCUAGGCCGAGUAAACGAGAUGUACGAAGAUGACGAUGAUACCCAAGACUUUGACGACCUAAUUAUUGCGUUGAAGACUGGGGGCCAAUUUGAACCAACAAUGGACGAGGAAAAGGACCUGGAUAUGGGUGAUCCGGGAGAUGAACAGUAUGCAAUGAGAAGAAUCUCUAUCGCCGAUACACAUUUAUAACAAACGCUCCAGUGUGAACAUUUUUCUAUUUUAUUUACUCUUACUGUAUAAACAGAAGCUUGAUAAUUGUACAGAUGAUGUGCUAAACCAUUAUGACUGCCAUGCAAUAAUGAAUAAUUUGAUAAGGUUUUGUGCUUAAAAUAUUUGGCCUCAAUUUUUCAAGUUAGUCCUUGGAAUCCAGGUAUUUUUUCUGAUCCUUUUUUAAAAAAUUCUAUAUUGAAGUGCUUUCUUGUUUUAUCAAGCCAAACAUUUGUCGUGUCCCUUUUACUAAAUGGAAAUUUAUGUUUUGAAGGAGUUGAAUCAAAUUAUUUUGAAGUAGAUAUCUUGAAGAAUUCAAACGAAACCUAACCUUAGCAACUUGUACUCUGCGAUCGAAAAGCACUAUGUAGCUGCCUUGCCACUUUAUUUACCGCGCUGAGAGGAUAUUAUAUGAGUGUGACUUAAGAUUAUACUUCAACCAUUCAUAACAUUACGAGAUAUUUAAAAAGAAUGUCGAAAUAGCUGAACAUUUUAAAUCAGGCCGUUUUAACCCUACAUACGUUUAUUUUUGGCUCGUGCUCAAAGAUAUACUUUCGUUUCUAGAUUUUGUAUCACUUUUUUUUUUUAUUUUUUGAAAGACCCUAAGUGGGUCUUUUUUUUUCGAUUUUGUAGAAAAGUAGCCAAGACUAAUAUGGAUAAAGAUAAAUUGUUUAAUCAAAUUUAAUUGCGUGUUAAUAUAUGUAAGUAUUUCUUCGAAAUUGUUGGAACGGAUUUAUGAAAUACAAAAAAAUAUCCAAAUACCUUUAUUUAAUGUGCUGUUUACUAAAAGCCUGGUGCUCUCAAGAAACGCUUGUUUAGUCUAGAAUGGAUUAACUGAACUAUGAAAUUUUGCCUAAUGUGGUGUGAAUAUGAACAAAAGCGGAAUAAUACAUUAAAGAAACGUAUUUUAACUGUAUAA